GUCAGGGAUUGGACUGUCUGCUGCCUGGGGUACAGCAGGUUGCUCCCGCUCUGCACUGGGUGCUCGCACUGAUGCCUCCACGCUAAGCAGAGGAGCUUGGAGCUCCUGCUGGGUGUGCUGGUCCUGGAGCCUCCGCGCUUUGCAAAUGAAGCCGCUCGCAGGGACCUCGCUGGGAGAGGGGGAAGAGGAGGCGCAGGGACUCACCCAGGGCCGCCGACGGUGGCAGCGGCAGAGGACGAGCUGCCGACCCAGCCCCUUGCCUCGGAGGGAGCAGCAGGGAGAGCUGGCCGAGCUUCCCCCGACUCCGGAUGAAGGGAGUAUGAGCAGUCCCCAGGGGCACCCGGACGGGGUUUUGACCGGGAGCGAGCAGACCGUGGAGUGCAUCGGCGAGGUGCCAGGCACGGACAGGCAGGAGUUGGCUGUGCGCACCAGGGACAGUGAUGGGACCGAGGAAGAUGCAGAAACCCCAGAGGAGCCGGUGCUGAGUUUCCCCAGCGAGCUCUCGGUGCUGGAGAGACUGGGCUUGCACAGGGUGGCUUUGACAGAGCAGGAUGUGGAGGCAGCCUUUGCCCACCUUGCGCUGGCUUUUCGCUGUGACGUGUUCACCCUGCGGCAACGGGUGCAAGUGGAGAAACGGGCACGGGACGCGGCGGAGGAAAACAUCCAGGAGGAGCUGGGGCAGUGCCGGGCUGCCCUGGAGAGACUGGGCCCAUCCUGCGCUGAUGCGGGCUGCAAGGAGACACUGGAGCAGCUGCAACACAGCCUGGCCGUGCUGGAAGCUGCUGUUGAGCGAGCAACCAGCGCUGCGGAGAAGCUGGGGGCUGUACAUCAGGAGGCCCGGAUGAGCAGAGCGGCGGAGGUGAUGGUCCAGCACGUGGAGAACCUGAAACGGCACCACAUGCGGGAGCACGCGGAGCUGGAGGAGAUGAAGCGCCUGAUACAGCAAAACUCCCGCAACCGGCAGCUGGCGGAGACCCAGGAUGACGCGGAGCCACGGCUGAGGCCUCACCCCCUGAUGCGAACUUUCCAGCAGGGGUCUGCCCGCCGCAGAGUCAGCAUCGCCGUCAUCCCCAAGCAGCUCUUGCCAGGUGCCAGCCUGGACAGCCGAGCAGCCCUGGCCGGCGAGCUGGAGAGGGAGGGGGCCCAGCGCCGGCCCAGCACCCUGAGGAGUGAGCUGGAGCCGCAGGGCCAGGACAGUGCCAUGACCGGGGAGCCGGCGGCCGAAGCAGAUGGCAGAGGCUCAAGUGCAGGGGACGAGGAGCUGGAGCAGCUUGGCCUGACGUCCAAGGGGUCCUCGGCAGAGCUGUGGCGGCCGUGGCUCUUCCUCCCACAGCACUACUGGGUUUUCUUCUGGCUGCUUCUCCUGAGCAUCGCCUUCCUCCUCCUCGUCCGCGUCCUGGAGUUGCAGCGGCUGCAGCCUGCGGCAUCGCCCAAGGCCUAGCCGGAGCAGGGAGGGGGAGGCGGCUGGGAGGCACCCGCUCUCCAUCGCUGCUCCUUCCCCGUGGCAUAAAACACCAAAACCCUAGAAUAAUAAAAUAGGAGGAAAAAUG